AUGGCGUCUGCGGCGGUAGUGGACGCAGGCGACGCGCCGGAGCCCACGGUGCGGAACCUCCUGGACCAGGAGUCCCUCAAGUGGGUCUUCGUCGGCGGCAAGGGCGGCGUCGGCAAGACCACCUGCAGCUCCAUCCUCUCCGUCCUCCUCGCCGGGGUCCGCCAGUCCGUGCUAGUUAUCUCCACCGACCCUGCGCACAACCUCAGCGACGCCUUCCAGCAGCGCUUCACCAAGUUCCCCACCCUCGUCCGCGGAUUCACCAACCUCUACGCCAUGGAAAUUGACCCAAAGGUAGAAAAUGAUGAUUUAUCCAAUGAAGGAAUGGAGGGAUUCCUUUCAGAACUGACAAAUGCGAUUCCAGGAGUAGACGAAGCUAUGAGUUUUGCUGAAAUGCUAAAAUUAGUCCAAACAAUGGAUUACUCCGUUGUAGUUUUUGAUACUGCUCCUACAGGGCAUACAUUACGGUUGCUUCAGUUUCCAGCAACCCUGGAGAAGGGUCUUGAGAAAAUGAUGGAAUUGAAAAAUAGAUUUGGCGGUCUGUUGAAUCAGGCCAGUCGAUUGUUUGGUCUUGGCGAUGAACUGAACGAGGAUGCAAUGCUUGGGAAACUUGAGGGUAUGAAGGACGUGAUCGAACAAGUGAACAGGCAAUUUAAAGAUCCAGACUUGACAACUUUUGUGUGUGUUUGUAUUCCGGAAUUUCUUUCAUUGUAUGAAACAGAGAGAUUGGUGCAAGAGUUAGCAAAGUUUGAGAUUGAUUCACACAAUAUUAUUAUUAAUCAAGUUAUAUUUGAUGAGGAAGCUGUCGAGUCAAAACUGCUAAAAGCACGGAUAAAAAUGCAACAGAAAUACAUUGAUCAGUUCCAUAUGUUAUACGAUGACUUCAACAUCACCAAGCUUCCCUUGCUUUCAGAAGAGGUUUGUGGUGUUCAAGCUCUACAAAACUUUUCCCAGCACUUCCUUACACCAUACAAGUCUGCUCUUAAAAGGGGCACCGUCGAGGAGCUCGAAGAGAGAAUAACUUUAUUAAAAUCUGCACUGCAAGAAGCUGAGGCAGAAUUAGAUAGGGUUAGGAAAGGCAAGCAGUCAGCGUGA